GAAAAGGUGCCCAGCUGCUCGGUGCCGUGUAUCCAGAACGCAAUCGCGGCGGUGACCCCGUGUCAUUUCACGGAUUAUGCUUGCGCUUGCAAGUAUCAUGGAAAGGUCACCAGCGCUGCAACGGCGUGCGUGGUGGGAUCUUGUGGCCUGCAGAGGGCAGUUAGUAUG